GCCCAGUACAUCCUCCUCGAUACUUUGGAUAAUGGCUGCUAGGUGAGAUAAGCGGAUGGGCCGCAUCCUUUGAGUGUGAGGCGCUUCCAUUGAAAGGACCGUUAACUCGGGCGGUGCCGAGUUAAAAUGGUCGAUAUCCGACCCGAAAAGCAUCCCGAAACCGUUGUACAUACUUCGAACAUCGUCCUUCAAAUCGCACCCACUGUUAACAUCCCGUCGUAGUGGUCAGUUCUGCCUGCCGAUCAGAGGUUAAGCUGAGGCCAUGGCAGUGAAGGACCGUGUCGAGGCGGUGCUCAAUGUGGGUCUGCGUGUUCCCAGCAUCAUGCUUCUGGAUGUCCUCUACCGCUGGGACGUCAGCUCCUUCUUCCAGAAGAUCCAGCGUUCCAGCCUCUCCAACAAUCCCUUGUUCCAGUACAAAUACCUGGCACUCUACCUGCACUACGUAGGUUACAUCCUGAGCUUGGUGCUCCUGACUCUGCCUCGUCAGCACCUGGUUAAACUGUACUUGUAUGUCCUUACGGCUUUGCUGCUGUUUGCUGGUCACCAAGUUUCAAGGGAUUAUGUCCGCAGUGAACUGGAGUCUGGCUAUGAAGGACCUGUCUACCUGGAACCUCUCUCCAUGAACAGAUUCACCACCGCACUCAUAGGUCAGCUGGUAGUGUGUACACUUUGUUCCUGUGUGAUGCAGACCAAGAGGAUCUGGCUUUUCUCUGCUCACCUUCUUCCUUUGGUGGCCAGACUGUGUCUGGUCCCACUGGAGACCAUUGUCUUCAUCAAUAAGUUCUCCAUGAUCUUUACAGGCCUGGAAGUCAUUUACUUCCUGGCUUCUAACUUACUGGUACCAUAUAACCUGGCUAAGACGGCCUACAGGGAGCUGGCUCAGGUGGUGGAGGUGUAUGGGCUGCUAGCUUUGGGUAUGUCUCUAUGGAACCAACUGGUCCUUCCAGUUCUCUUCAUGUGUUUCUGGCUGCUGCUGUUUGCUCUGCAGAUCUACUCCUACUUCAGCACCAGAGACCAGCCUACCUCAAGGGAGAGGCUCCUUUUCCUCUUUCUUACCAGUAUUGCAGAAUGUUGCAGUACACCGUACUCCCUCCUGGGUCUGGUUUUCACUGUCUCCUUCAUCGCUCUGGGGGUUCUAACACUCUGCAAAUUCUACCUGCAAGGCUACAGAGCCUUUAUGAAUGACAACACCAUGCACAGAGGGAUGACAGAAGGGAUCACCCUGCUGAUCCUCGCUGUCCAGACUGGCCUGAUAGAGCUGCAAGUCAUCCACCGAGCCUUCCUCCUCUCCAUCAUCCUCUUCAUUGUUGUCGCUUCCAUCCUGCAGUCCAUGCUGGAGAUAGCAGACCCUAUAGUCCUGGCUCUGGGAGCAUCCCGAGACAAGAGUUUGUGGAAGCACUUUCGAGCAGUGUCUCUGUGUCUGUUCCUGCUGAUCUUUCCAGCGUACAUGGCCUAUAUGAUCUGUCAGUUCUUCCACAUGGACUUCUGGCUUCUCAUCAUCAUCUCUUCCUCCAUCCUCACCUCACUGCAGGUUCUCGGCACUCUGCUGAUCUACGUUCUGUUCAUGGUGGAGGAGUUCCGUAAGGCUCCAGUAGAGAACAUGGAUGAAGUUAUCUAUUGUGUAAAUGGAACCUAUCGAUUGCUGGAAUUCCUGGUGGCGGUGUGUGUGGUGUGCUAUGGCGUGUCAGAGACGGUGUUCGGGGAAUGGAGCGUGAUGGGAAGCACCAUUAUCCUAGUGCACUCGUACUAUAAUGUCUGGCUCAGAGCCCAGCUGGGCUGGCAGAGCUUCCUGCUCAGGAGAGAUGCUGUAAACAAGAUCAAAAGCCUCCCCACGGCCAGCAACACACAGCUGGAACAGUACAACGACAUCUGUGCCAUCUGCUACCAGGAUAUGAACACAGCUGUGAUCACUCCAUGCAGUCAUUUCUUCCACGCUGGCUGUCUGAAGAAAUGGCUUUAUGUCCAGGAGACAUGUCCUCUUUGCCACUCGCAACUCAAGAGCCAAUCACCAGCCGCUAGUGUCCCCAACCAAGACACACCUGCAGCCAAUCAGAACCCUGCAGGGCAGGGAGAAGCCACAGCCAAGAAGAGGCAGGAAGAUGGCGCUUCUCCAGAUGACAGGAUGGAAGAGGCAACAGGAGAGCAGGAGCAAGAAGCACCUGGCAUGUCAACUGGAGAAACUUCCUCCUCUUCCUCCGGUGCACCCUCUGCUCCCCAGCACCUUGUUGAGACUCCAUCACCAUCUUCUUCUUCUUCCCCACUCAUGACUGAUUCUCUGCAGAGCCAGUUGGCCACAGAUCAUCCCUCUUCCUCCUCCUCAGACACCUUGGACAGGCCUCCCUGUCUUCCAGCUCUCUCUCACACCUCCAUCCCUUGUGUCUCUCACCACUCGUCCUCACUGCUACAGGCCCAGCCAGAGAUGAUCCCCCCUGCUGAAGCUGAGGCUGCCCCACCCUCCACACUGGGCAACCAGGAGUCAUCUUCUGGUCCAUCAUCACAGCUUGACCAGCCCACAUCUGAGGAACAGUCUCAUCCUCCAUGCAGCCUCUGAACCCCAUUGUAACACACAAAACAUGCAUGCACAUAUAAACACUCGAUCUUAAUACCCCAUCUGCCAAUAUUCUGCCUAUAUUCUACUUGUCCAGCAAUCGGCUAUGCCAUCAUGUCAGAAAUUCAACUCCAGACCCCUUCAUAUCCAUUUUAAGAGAAAAAAUCCAGAACAAUCUCUAAGCAGAUAUUCAUUACUCAGCAUUAAGAAAAAUUACUCAUAAUUCCAACUUUACAAAUUCUCUUAGAACAGUUGAUCUAAAUGUUUCUGAUGAUGAAUUUAAUUCAUGCCAGCAAUGAUUUUAUCAUAACUUUCUUCAUGUCUUCGUUUCUUUUUGUGAUGGGUUGGGGGAUUCAAACCCAAACACAAAUUCACUGCAAAAAGGGGGAAAGCAGUAAUCUCAUCUCAAAAAUAACUGGGAGGUCUACAUCAUGUCCAUGAAAUGUGAAAUCCUGAAUGAAACUGAAGUAUCACAAGUCAUUUUUGCUGUUUUCCUAGAUUUUCACAUUUAUACGAUGCAGACAUCAACAUUUCUAAAAAUUCAGCUUUUGUUCUUCUCAUUUUGAUCCCAGACAUUUCAUGUGAUGGUUGCUCCCAUCCUGCCUUUGUUUUCCGCAGCUUCACUCUCAUUGCACAUUUCAUAGUGUUUGGGUUUUUUUUUUUUUUUUUUGCUGUAGUCCUGUAUGUGCCAUGAUCUCAAGAGGAAUGGGUCAGAGGUUUUGAGAGCCUUGAUAGUCUAUCGAUAACUGAUGGCUGCAUUUUAAACGGUGAAAAAGUCUUAACGGUCUUGAAAUUUCUCCAUCAGUUUUGCUAAAGAUUUUUGGUUUUCACUGUCAGAUGACAGUAGUUGUAUAUUGGUGAAUACUAAGCAUUAACAGACUGAAUGUUGUUUCUUGAGGCCAUCACAUGACCUGAAGCCUGGUGCUAAGCAGAGGAUACAUGGUGUGGUCUAGUCAAGUGUUGCAGUGUGAACAACUCAUUUGGCUUACAUGGAGUAACUCUAAUUCGUUUCAUGUGUCAAGCUUUCUCUAUUAUACUGCUUCAAUAUUUGAAUCAAAACUUGUUUGGCUGGUCCCAGCAAAAACAGUACUCCUUGUACUCCUUCAUUGCCAAACUUUUGUAUUAUUGUUAAGAGAGAUGUUAUUUUUAAGGUAAUUUUUACAUUACUGCUUUACUGGACAGCUUGCAGUGCAGAUGGACUGAAAACAAGGGAGGGAAAUACAGAAGAGGUAGGGAAACUAACAGAGGCCACAGUUUAUAUUUGAACCAUCAGCAUUGUGAAAAGGUGGAGUGUAACUUUGCCCACAGAGUCGGCAAGGAGCCCAAACUUUGUUGUCGUUGGCUUUACUUCAUUCAUGGUACUCACCCCGCACUCACCCCUCCUCACGUUGAACCAGUCCAUCCCAAGUUUGCCGUCAGUCCAGCAAUUUUUGAGACUCUUUAUCAUGACAGGAGCCAAUCACCUUGCUCCAUCCAAUCAAAUCCAAGCACCCUGUGUUUUUUAAGACCAUCAUUAUCCUCCUGCUGCUCAGUCACUUCGUUACAUGAAAUGUCACUACCAGCAAAUUGAGCCGUUUGAUUGCUUUUUUUUUUUUUUUUUUUGGUCCACACAUGCAAGCACGCACACACACUGUCACCUCCUGUGCUUAGCAAAUGAGACAGGAUGGAGAGACGUGCGUGUCUUGAAAAGUCUGUGUUUAAUGAAAGACUAGAACUUGAGAAUGCUGAGUCCUGAUGCACGCUUAUAUGUAGAGCUUGCACGCUGCCACUGUUACCAUAGCAUUUAUUUGUUUGUCCCCAAUGUGGUCUAACCUUGCCACCAAUGUUUUUUUCUGCCAUUUCUUUCUUUUUUUUUUUUUUUUUGAGUUGCAUUUGCACUAAUGUCAUUUAUACUAGCAAUGCUCCAAAGCUGUUCUGUGGCUGUCAGCAACCAAAUACCCUCUGAUGUGUUUGUGUACGAGGAAACAGCCCAAUCUGUUUGUGUGUAAUGUAUAUAAAUGUUGCUCUGUAUGGCAUCUAUAUUAAACCAGAGGAGUGUUGAUAUAUAAACAAGAUCAGGGCUUUAGUUCUCCAAAGCUUCCCAGAGGUUCAGUGUUCUUUGUUUCUUUACUCGCCUGUGAACAAAGACAAACCUCUGGCUAAGAAGCUUUUUUUUUUUCUUUUGGAAAACCAAGCUCCCUGAUCUGUGAGACCAGCCAGUGUUGCUGCUUCUCUGGUCUGUAUGACGCGUCCUCAAGCUGGUGUGAUCACUCCAGUGCCCUCUACUGUUAGGAGUGGGAUCAGCAUGGCGCAGACGGACAGGAGAUGCACUAGUUAACCCUCAACAGUAUUACCUACUACCACUAUUACUAAAGGUCUUAUUACUAUGAAUGACUUUAUUCUUGACAUUGGAAAGCGUUGGCUUCAGGGCUGAGAAUGAAUACAUGAUCAAUGUAGGAUCAAACCUGGCCAACACUGUUUAACUGUUUGUGUUUGUUUUUUUUGUUUUUUUUAAAGAGAUGAAAUGCAGAGUUUGAUGUAUUUUGCACAUGUUCCUUUGAAAGGUGAACAUAAGGACUUUCUGUAUUCUUGAACGACUUCUCAUUUUAUUUUUAGCUCCAUUCCUUAGACUCUGAUUUAAAACAAAGCACUUGAAAUGGUUUCAAAAAUUUGAACAACUUCGUACGCAUUUGAUUUUCAUUGUGGAGUGUUUGAAUCGUGUUGUGCAGAGACAUCACCUGCAGGAUAAAAUGUCAAACACUCCACAACGUGAUACAUGUCAUUGGCAACUGUAUUGCAGAAGUAAAAGGAUAAAUAACAGAAAAGCAGCAGAGAAGCCUGUCAGCUGUCGAUUCCAGAUGUAUUUGCUGAGUUUAUACUCCAUGUUGGAGAAAUUGCAGUUGUUGCGGUUUCUCCAGGCUCUGAACUGUGACUUAUUUUCUAAAUACUGUCUGGGACAGUUUAACAUCAAACAUUUCAAAGUAAUCUUAAUUAUCUACCAAUUCAUCUGAUAACCAGAGAAAGUUUAUGGACAUUCAGUGUUGCAUUUUGAGUAUUUAAAUGCAUCAUUUGCAUUCCAGUGCAUCUCUGAGGUUUCAGCUGUGAGAUGGAUUUCAUGUAAAAUGCACGAGUGACUGUUAAGGCUCUUGGUCUGUGAGCUGAAGUGCCAACAAAUGCAUCAAGUCCUCACUGCUGCUCACCACAUUGAGCAACAUUAGUUUUACUUUAAUCCCCCCUCCAGUGUUAAGAUUGUAAAGCAAUACAUUUCCUGUCAGUUCUUGCACUGUACACAUGAGUUAAAAUCAUUUUCUUAGUGCUCCUGAUUGAAUUGCUGGUAGAAUGACACUACAGAAAGAAGCCAGUACAGAUACAGUUUAAUUUGAAGUUUUCUCCAUUCAGUUUGAUGGAGUAACCAGUAGAAAUAUGAAUACAUAGUGUGAUAGUUUAAGUCCCUGAAAUCAAUCUUGUGUCUGAAAUCCAGAUGUUUCUGAGACUCAUUUUACCACAAUGCUUUGCAAAUUUGCUACUCUAUUACAUUGAGCAUGUAAGCAAAUAUUUUAAUGGAAUCUAUAGCUGCCAAAGAGCUCUCUGACCACAUUUAUUUUCUGGAUGUAUUUUGGAAAGGAGUUAGCACUGCUAUCUGAUACGAUCUAUCUAAUACUGCUGCCUCUGACUGACAGAUGUGUUGAGAUUUACCUCAAAAAGCCUGGUCAUUGUUCAGGGCUGCUCAGACUGAGACUCCCUACAAAAUUUAGGUUCUUUUAUUUUUUUUUUUUUGUCUGAUUAGUUUUUCCACACACAUUUAGGACCUGCUCUGUAAAACCUGACUCUGAAUGCAAGUUGUAUUCUGUUAAAACUGCUUCAUGGUUGGUUUUGGAUUUUAUGCCUGGCAUUGCCUUGGUUAUUUUACAAAAAUUGAAUGUCAGAAAUAAAAUGAACCAUCCACUCUGGA